AUGAAGCUGAAGAUCAACCUUACCCGAGGUGGGAAGGGGGAGGCGGCUGCUGGCGGGGGAGCGGAGGAGGAGAGAGGCGAGAGCAGCAAUAACAACAAGAAGGAAAAGAGGAACAGCAAGGAGAAGAAAAAGACGAAGAAGGACAGCCUCACCAAGCCCCCCAAGGAGAAGAAGAAGGACAAGAAGACGGAGAAAGAUGUAAAGGCUGCACCCACGGAAGAUGAGGCCACCAAAUUGACGUCAUCAUCGAAGAAGCAGCUGCCCCUGCUGCGAUCAUCUCACAGCAAGAAUCCUGUUCCGCCCUCUGAGCCAGAGGCGCCCACCAGCCCUCGCGGAGCUGCGGUUUCGAAAUGGGAGCAGGCCCUCCGUAAUGAGGAGAAAUCUAAGUCCCCUGCAGCCGAUUCUACGCCCAGCAACCACCAGCGAUAUGCAACCACCACCGGGGCCGCGCCCGCUGCACCUACCAUUAGUCCGCUCGACCUGAGCGCAGAAGCAGAGGCCGAGGAGAGACGCAAGCGAAGGCAGCAGAGGGCGCUGGAGUCAUACCACAACCGGCCCCGCAUCCCGACGUCGCGUAGGGCCUACGAGGCCGGGGUGGGCGUUGGGCCGGCCGAGGCCAUCAACCGCCACCUGCGCGGCGGCGGCGAGGACGGCCCGUGGCUGAUGGGCCACCUCAUCGUGCCGCGCGGCGAGGCCGAGGGCCUGGAGGUCGAGGCCGGCGACGACUGGUACGACCAGCUCCGGUCCGACGACGAGGAGGAGAUCGACCCCGAGCAGCUGCUCCUCGCCCUCACCGCCCAGCAAGAGGAAGAAGAGCAAGAGCAAGAGCAGGAGGUGGAGAUCAACAAAGACUCAACUGCGUCGGACUGA